AUGUGGAAGGAGGUGCUGAAGGGCAGAAGAGGGAUUGAAGCUGGUGUGGAGGUGGCAGUGAGAAUGGGUCAAACAUACCUUGAUGCAAAACGAUGGAUUUUCCCACGUUUGAUAUUCAACGGGAUGGUUGUUUGGGGUUCAGAUGAGAUUCUGAAAGGCGGUCAUUAUGUUCGGGGUGGAACAAAGUUCUUCGUGGAUUCGAUGGUUCAUCGUGUUGUCGUGGAUAACUGA